AUGGAUGGAAGAAAGGCGCUAACAUCUGAUAAAAGCCUAGAGGGGCGACUGCUGUUCGCCGUGCCCAAGAAGGGCCGACUGCAGCAAGCUGCCCUUAACCUGCUUGAAGGCGCAGACAUCCAGUUCAGGAGAGAGAACCGCCUCGACAUUGCCCUCGUCAAGAACCUCCCUAUCGCGCUGGUCUUCCUCCCCGCUGCCGACAUCCCUACGUUUGUGGGCGAAGGCCGUGUCGACUUGGGCAUUACCGGUCUGGACCAAGUGCAGGAGCACGAUGCUGGCACACGCAUCAUUGCACGGGCCCGGAGGAUAUCUGGCGAAUCCACGCCACAGGACAGCAAUGCCACGACAAGCUGCGUGACGGUUAUGGACCUCGGCUUCGGUGCUUGCAAGCUCCAGGUUCAGGUGCCGGUGAAGGGGCAGUAUGUUGAUCCCAAGGAUCUGGUGGGGAAGAAUAUUGGCACAAGCUUCGUCCACCUCGCCUCUGAGUACUUUGCCCGUCUGGAGCUAGAGCAGGACGCGGCGAACGGCGCAGAGGCGCCAGUCCAGUCGAAGAAGCUACGGACCAACAUCGUUGAGCUUACUGGCAGUGUUGAGGCUGCUUGUGCGCUUGGCGUUGCCGACGGUAUUGUCGAUCUAGUUGAAUCUGGAGAGACCAUGAGAGCCGCCGGUCUCAAGGCGAUUGACACAGUGGUAGACUCUUCAGCCAUUCUCAUCAAGUCAAGCUCACCGUCAAAUCCCGACAUGGUGGACCUGAUCGCCUCACGAAUUCAGGGUGUCAUCACCGCCCAGAGAUACGUCCUCUGCCAAUACAACGUCGAGCGAUCACGACUUCCCGAGGCGACAAAGAUUACCCCUGGCAAGCGUGCUCCGACUAUCACACAGCUGCAGGAGGACGGAUGGCUGGCUAUCAGUGUCAUGGUGGAGAAGAAGAAGAUUGCGCCUGUCAUGGACGACCUGGUCAAGGUCGGCGCUACGGAUAUCCUGGUGCUGAAUAUUCACAACUCACGAGGCAGCUAA